CGUUUUCGAAAGCCGAUGAAGUUGUGUGACGAAAUUUGUAUUUCUGAUAAUUUCUGCUCGGGUUUAGCGGUUCUUUUUGCGAAAAAAUUACGAUUAUGUGGAGUUUUAAUUCAACAAUUAGCGAAACGUUGUGAUUAAUCAAUUUCGGUUUUCGGUUUAUGCAGGUGGUAAGUUUGGGUGUUCGUACUCAACUGUAUCGAUUCGAGUUUCGAAGACAUUAUGGAGAACUUGAGUAAACACAAACUGUUUCAAAUCAUCAAACAUCAUCUACCACAUUCUAAAGCAAAUGAUGUUAAUUUAAUCGAAGUUAAAUCAGGUAUUCUGUAUGUGUGGAAUCGAAACGAUGCUUCUAUUCUUACUCUAAAUAUCGAAUUCCAGUUGAAGCAUUCUAAAGAAUACCCACUACAGAUUCUGCGUUUGACAAAUUCACCGGUGUUCGAAGUUACUCGCAUUUUGAUCAAUAAAACUAGCGAACAGGCGGUGUUGAUCGGUGCAAAAGGUAUAGCGGUAGUCAACAUUCCUCGAAGAUGGGGCGCAGAAUCGCUUUUCGAAGGAGGAAAAUCGGAAAUUACCUGCAGAUGUACAAUAUUGGAUGAACGAUAUUUCUCGUGCAAAAAAUCAAGGAUUGUAAAGCAAGUAAAAUGGCAUCCUGGGUCGCCAAGCUUUUCGCAUUUGGUGGUGCUGACAACGGAGGAUACCUUGAGACUGUACUGCACCAAAACUUUCAACCUGAUCACAGUUUGGCAUCCUAAAAGAGUUUUUGCAUCUUCUUCGAUAUCAUCGUCACGUGGCAUACAAACUCUAGCAUCAUUGGGCGAAACUGCAAUAGACUUCGAUUUCAUGCCACCUCAGUUAAAAGGUGAUCCGGUAUCCGACAAGAGUCAAGUAGAAUGGCCAAUUCUUAUAUUACGUGGAAAUGGCGACGUUUUCAUAUUCACAGCAUCGUUUAGUGAUAAAAAUAAGAUUAAAUUCGAAGGACCUUUACCCGUUUAUCCUCCGUUUGAUGACACUUACGGCACAGAAGAUGCCAGUUCGUUGAUUGUUCUAAAGACCACGCCGCCGAUCGUUGCUAUUGCUACCAGUAAUGCAAACGUUUACCAUUCCAUGUUGCUGUCUGUGGGUAGCAACGAUGAAAAUGUAGACGAGGACGAAUCAGAAUGCAGCAGCAAUAGUUCAUCGGUAUCCAACUAUGGGUUAUUUGUAUUCGAAUGCAUCGGUUUGGAAUUGGGAUUUUCAUUAGAUGACACAGAUUUAUAUUCGAGUCCGGUGAUUUUACACGAAGAUCCAUAUGUUUCAUCGCGGUACUUUUGUACUCAUGAAGCUGGAUUGCAUGCUGUGAUUUUGCCUAUUGUACAGGAGCUAGAUAAAUAUGCGAAAUGCGACGAAGAUGCCGCGGAUAAGUAUUUACCUUCGUUGAGACAAAUUCAAAGCUCUGUAGAAUAUUUAAUUUGUACCAAAGUAACCGCCAAGCAAAGCAAAGAUGUUUUUUCGCCAAUAGUGGGCUUACAUAUUACAGAAUAUCCCUGUUUAUUGAUAGCUUUAUUGAAUAAUGGCGAUGUUUCCACUUUAUUUUUAACCACUACCACAUUUACUCAAAAUACUGUGAUUAGUCCGUUUUUUGAACUGAGUGACAAGAGACAAGAAGUUGAAAGUUUCGAUGUUCACAUUCAGAACGUGCUGAGACCUCCGAGUGGCAUUUCCAGACCAAUUUUGAAACUUGAUUCAAACGUUCAUCUAUCAAUUGAUAUGAUGAAUGAUGAGAUGGAUGACCUUCGAGAAGAAUACUUUCACCGCUAUCAGAAUGCAAUCAAGGAAAUAGAAAAAAGGAUUAAAUUACUACUCAUCAUGAAAGAAAAUCAAAAGGCUGAAAUUAGAGAUAUUGAGAAAAGGCAAGCGAGUAUGGUAAAGAAAGGCGAGCAGAUCAAUUUAAUUUGCCAACAAAUCGAAAACAAGCAAGCUCAAUUGGAUGCAAAAGCUAAAGAAAUGUUGGAAACGUUGAAACGCCAGCAACCAAGAAAUGCAGUUACUCAUAAAAAAGUACUCGAAAAAUUGAAAGAAUACUACGCUACUGUAGAAAUGUUAUCUCAAAAAGCGGAAGAAGUUGCUAAUAAGCAACAAUUUCAGGAAAAAAAGAUGCAAGAAGUUGCGGUAAAAUUUAAAAAAAGUAGUUUAUAUUUAACGGAUGAACAACAAAAAACCAUUGUUGAGAGCUUGAGGCAAACGGGAGCUGAAAUAGCAGAGUUGAAAAAUAAUUUCCAAACUACGUUGAAUAUUACCAACACGCUUCUGGAUCUAAAUAGACGGCUGUGAGUUCUUCGUUAUUUAAAAAUAAGGAUGUAACUAGAAACAAUUUAUAGCAUUUAAUGGAAGUAUAAACUUUAAAAAAUAAGUAUUAUUCAACAAAACAAAUUGUAAAAUUAUUAAAGAUUGAUUUUUUUACACAAAUUUCUGUAGAAAAAAUUAAAUAUCAAAAAUAUCGA